AUGAGGAUGAUUUAUAAAUUAGCUUUUUCUAUCGCCUUGUGUGUUUGUUUAUGUUUUGAUCUCUGCACUUCUGAGAGCUACGUUUUGGAUGAUACAAUCGGAUUAGGGAGAGAGUUUGACGGUAUUGGAGGUUUGAGUGGUGGAGGGGUAAGUAGCUAAUGCUAGCUGCUAAUACUAGGCUUCUUCAUGGUUCGUCUGUACGAGAAAGAUCAAUGAAACAAGAUAGUACAUUUACAAUCUAAUCGUUGUCACUUUCUGACACGUUACCCUGUUCGUUUUAGGCAACAUCUCGCCUGCUUGUCAAUUAUGCAGAACCCUACCGCAGCCAGAUAAUGGACUACCUCUUCAAGGUAGCUACAACUGUAAACAUUCUUAUGUCAUGUCUGAAUACCUCUUAUCUAAUUUCAUGGGUAGCCAUUCAUUAAUCGUAUCUUGGUGUGAGAUCCAUAACAGUAUGUCACUUUUAUUUGCUGUCUGCAGCCAAACUUUGGGGCUUCUCUACACAUCCUGAAAGUAGAGAUUGGAGGUGACGCCCAGACCACAGGUAAACAUAGAAAAUACCUCCUGCACUUCCUUUGUUAGGUUCCUAAAUAGCACCCUAUUCCCCUUUAUAGUGCACUACUUUUGUCAGGGCCCAUAGGGAGGUAUACUUUGUGUUUAUCAAUUAUAUGACAGGCAGAAAAUGUAUUUGUUACCUUACCUAACAUGUAGGCUAGUAAAAGCUGAAGAGUACAUUUCAAUUCAGUUUUUUCCCCUAGAUGGAACGGAACCCUCACACAUGCACUACGAGAACGAUGAGAACUACUUCAGGGGGUAUGAGUGGUGGCUGAUGAGAGAAGCCAAGAAGAGGAAUCCCAACAUCACUCUCAUAGGUGAGACUGGACGACCAGUAGAGCCUUUCAAUUCUGCCAUACUAUGAUUAGGAUAACACACUAUACUAUACUGAACAAAAAUAUAAACGCAACAAUUUCAGAUUUGACUGAGUUACAGUUCAUAGAAGGAAAUCAGUCAGUUGAAAUACAUUCAUUUGGCCCUAAUCUAUGAUUAGGGGCACAGCCAUGGUAUGGCGGCAGGUAGCUUAGUGGUUAAGAGCGUUGUGCCAGUAACCGAAAGGUCGCUGGUUCUAAUCCCCGAGCCAACUAGGUGAAAAAUCUGUCGAUGUGCCCUUGAGCAAGGCACUUAACCCUAAUUGCUCCUGUAAGUCGCUCUGGAUAAGAGCGUCUGCUAAAUUACGUAAAUGUAAAUGUAAAUGACUAGGUGCGCUGUCAUGGGUGGGCCCACUUGGGAGCCAGGUCCAACAAUUAGUUAUUACCCACAAAAGGGCAUUAUUACAAACAGAAAUACUCCUCAGCGCAUAUCCAGUGCUUAACUUGGACUGAAAUAGGUGCCGGUACUGUUUAUAUUUAGGAGCACGAACAGUGCAAUACUUUUGAGCUAGUUGAGGUGGAGGAACUCAAGCAGUAGAACAUUUGAGGUGCCUGUACUCUUUUCUGGUGAGCUCCUGCCCAAGUCAAGCACUAUAUAUAUCUGGUAUGAUUUCACAGGUAAGACUGAUGUAGCUAGGGUGUCAAAUUUUGCAAAGGCCAUUAGAUAAGCGUCAGCUGUGGUCUUUCUCUAGCAAUGGUCUCUGUUCAUGUUACCUCUUGUACCUGCAGGUUUGCCAUGGGCCUUCCCAGGUUGGGUUGGGCAUGGGAAGAACUGGCCAUACGACUUUCCUAAUAUAACUGCAUCCUACGUGGUGUCCUGGAUCUUAGGAGCCAAGCAGUACCAUGACCUGGAUAUUGAUUAUGUUGGGGUGUGUAUUCAAAAUGUUUUGUGAGUUGUGUACUGAGAAUAUUGUAAUUGGAUACAAACAUGAUCUAAAUAUGUAUUCCCUCAAUCUACCCACCUGUUUAAACAUAUGCUGUUGAUGUUUUCUAACUGUAUAGAUUUGGAAUGAAAAGAACUUUGACAGCAAGUACAUCAAGGUUGGUAUUUUUGUUUUCUGUUCCUAUUUUACCAGCCAUUACCAUUACACAAUGUGAACUGCCUUAGAAGAAAAAACAGCCACUAACAUACAGCCACUAACAUUUGGUUUUACAAUUGCAGCCAUUAGUUCAAUUAGGUCUAUAUGCUAUUGGCAGAGAGAGAUGCAGAGGUAUACAAUUGUUCAUAAAAACAUCAAAAUCCUAUCAAGAUCAGCUGUUUGCGUCUGAGAGCAUAUAAUUUGUGACCAAGGUGCUCCGAGACACAUUGGAUGAAGUUGGCUUAGCCGAUGUGGGCAUCAUCGCAGCUGACGGCAACUGGGAAGUGUCCAAUGCCAUGGGUGUAGACCCGUACCUCAACGAUGCUGUUGAGGUGUUAGGGUAAGUAGGGGAGAACAUGGUCAUGGACCACAGCUUGCUCUGAAGUGACACAAAAUAAUAAUAAUAAUAAUAUGCCAUUUAGCAGACGCUUUUAUCCAGAGCGACUUACAGUCAUGUGUGCAUACAUUUUUACGUAUGGGUGGUCCCGGGGAUCGAACCCACUACCCUGGCGUUACAAGCGCCAUGCUCUACCAAUUGAGCUACAACCCUUGCAAUUCCAGCUCAUUCCAAAUCACUCUGUUUCCUCCAUGGCAUGGUAUGUGACUAAUGUCACAGGUAUUUCUCUCUGUAAAUCAAAUCAAAUCAAAUCAAAUUGUAUUGGUCACAUGCGCCGAAUACAACAGGUGCAGACAUUACAGUGAAAUGCUUACUUACAGCCCUUAACCAACAGUGCGUUUAUUUUAAACAAAAAAAGUAAGAAUAAAACAACAACAAAAAAAGUGUUGAGAAAAAAAGAGCAGAAGUAAAAUAAAGUGACAGUAGGGAGGCUAUAUAUACAGUAAAAUAAAGUGACAGUAGGGAGGCUAUAUAUACAGGGGGGUACCGUUGCAGAGUCAAUGUGCGGGGGCACCGGCUAGUUGAGGUAGUUGAGGUAAUAUGUACAUGUGGGUAGAGUUAAAGUGACUAUGCAUAAAUACUUAACAGAGUAGCAGCAGCGUAAAAAGGAUGGGGUGGGGGGGCAGUGCAAAUAGUCCGGGUAGCCAUGAUUAGCUGUUCAGGAGUCUUAUGGCUUGGGGGUAGAAGCUGUUGAGAAGUAUUUUGGACCUAGACUUGGCACUCCGGUACCGCUUGCCGUGCGGUAGCAGAGAGAACAGUCUAUGACUAGGGUGGCUGGAGUCUUUGACAAUUUUGAGGGCCUUCCUCUGACACCGCCUGGUAUAGAGGUCCUGGAUGGCAGGGAGCUUUGCCCCAGUGAUGUACUGGGCCGUACGCACUACCCUCUGUAGUGCCUUGCGGUCAGAGGCCAAGCAGUUGCCAUACCAGGCGGUGAUGCAACCAGUCAGGAUGCUCUCGAUGGUGCAGCUGUAGAAUUUUUUGAGGAUCUGAGGACCCAUGCCAAAUCUUUUUAGUCUCCUGAGGGGGAAUAGGCUUUGUCGUGCCCUCUUCACGACUGUCUUGGUGUGUUUGGACCAUGAUAGUUCGUUGGUGAUGUGGACACCAAGGAACUUGAAGCUCUCAACCUGUUCCACUACAGCCCCGUCGAUGAGAAUGGGGGCGUGCUCAGUCCUCUUUUUUUUCCUGUAGUCCACAAUCAUCUCCUUUGUCUUGGUCACGUUGAGGGAGAGGUUGUUGUCCUGGCACCACACGGCCAGAUCUCUGACCUCCUCCCUAUAGGCUGUCUCAUCGUUGUCGGUGAUCAGGCCUACCACUGUUGUGUCGUCGGCAAACUUAAUGAUGGUGUUGGAGUCGUGCCUGGCCAUGCAGUCAUGGGUGAACAGAGAGUACAGGAGGGGACUGAGCACGCACCCCUGAGGGGCCCCCGUGUUGAGGAUCAGUGUGGCAGAUGUGUUGUUACCUACCCUUACCACCUGGGGGCGGCCCGUCAGGAAGUCCAGGAUCCAGUUGCAGAGGGAGGUGUUUAGUCCCAGGAUCCUUAGCUUAGUGAUGAGCUUAGAGGGCACUAUGGUGUUGAAUGCUGAGCUGUAGUCAAUGAAUAGCAUUCUCACGUAGGUGUUCCUCUUGUCCAGGUGGGAAAGGGCAGUGUGGAGUGCGAUAGAGAUUGCAUCAUCUGUGGAUCUGUUGGGGCGGUAUGCAAAUUGGAGUGGGUCUAGGGUUUCUGGGAUUAUGCUGUUGAUGUGAGCCAUGACCAGUCUUUCAAAGCACUUCAUGGCUACAGACGUCAGUGCUACGGGUCGGUAGUCAUUUAGGCAGGUUAUCUUAGAGUUCUUGGGCACGGGGACUAUGGUGGUCUGCUUGAAACAUGUUGGUAUUACAGACUCAGUCAGGGACAUGUUGAAAAUGUCAGUGAAGACACUUGCCAGUUGGUCAGCACAUGCUCGGAGUACACGUCCUGGUAAUCCGUCUGGCCCUGCGGCCUUGUGAAUGUUGACCUGCUUAAAAGUCUUACUCACAUCGGCUACGGAGAGCGUGAUCACAUAGUCAUCCGGAACAGCUGGUGCUCUCAUGCAUGCUUCAGUGUUGCUUGCCUCGAAGCGAGCAUAGAAGUGGUUUAGCUCGUCUGGUAGGCUUGUGUCACUGGGCAGCUCGCGGCUGUGCUUCCCUUUGUAGUCUGUAAUAGUUUUCAAGCCCUGCCACAUCCGACGAGCGUCAGAGCCAGUGUAGUAUGAUUCAAUCUUAGACCUGUAUUGACUCUUUGCCUGUUUGAUGGUUCGUCGGAGGUCAUAGCGGGAUUUCUUAUAAGCGUCCGGGUUAGAGUCCCGUUCCUUGAAAGCGGCAGCUCUACCCUUUAGCUCAGUGCGGAUGUUUCCUGUAAUCCAUGGCUUCUGGUUGGGGUAUGUACGUACGGUCACUGUGGGGACGACAUCAUCGAUGCACUUAUUGAUGAAGCCAGUGACUGAUGUGGUGUACUCCUCAAUGCUGUCUGAAGAAUCCCGGAACAUGUUCCAGUCUGUGCUAGCAAAACAGUCCUGUAGCUUAGCAUCUGCGUCAUCUGACCACUUUUUUAUUAACCGAAUCACUGGUGCUUCCUGCUUCAGUUUUUGCUUAUAAGCAGGAAUCAGGAGGAUAGAGUUAUGGUCAGAUUUGCCAAAUGGAGGUCGAGGGAGAGCUUUGUAUGCGUCUCUGUGUGUGGAGUAAAGGUGGUCUAGAGUUUUUUUCCCUCUGGUUGCACAUUUAACAUGCUGGUAGAAAUUAGGUAGAACGGAUUUAAGUUUCCCUGCAUUAAAGUCCCCGGCCAUUAGGAGCGCUGCAUCUGGAUGAGCUUUUUCCUGUUGAUUAAUGGCCUUGUACAACUCAUUCAGUGCAAUCUUAAUGCCAGCAUUGGUUUGUGGUGGUAAAUAGACAGCUAUGAAAAAUAUAGAUGAAAACUCUCUUGGUAAAUAGUGUGGUCUACAGCUUAUCAUAAGAUACUCUACCUCAGGCGAGCAAAACCUCGAGACUUCCUUAGUAUUUGAUUUUGUGCACCAGCUGUUGUUUACAAAUAUACAGAGACCGCCACCCCUUGUCUUACCAGAGUCAGACGUUCUGUCCUGCCGAUGUAGCGUAUAGCCUGCUAGCUGAAUGUUAUCAUUGUUGUCGUUCAGCCACGACUCCGUGAAACAUAAGAUAUUACAGUUUUUAAUGUCCCGUUGGUAGGAUAACCGUAAUCUUAAAUCGUCCAUUUUAUUCUCAAAAGCUUGAACGUUGGCUAAUAGGAUUGAUGGGAGAGGCAGUUUACUCGCUCGCCGUCGGAUCCUUACAAGGCACCCGGAUCUGCGUCCGCGAUAUCUCCGUCUCUUCCUCACGCGAAUGACGGGGAUCUGGGCCUUGUCGGGUGUCUAGGAUAUCCUUCGCGACCGCCUGUAGAUGUGGUGUAGGCAAUAGUAUUCUGUAGGUCUAGAAAUGCACUGCUCCAUGCCAAACAAACAUGCUCUCAGAUGCAUUUGCACCAGAAGUAAAGUGUUAAAUAACAUUGCAUUAUUAAACCCAGAUGCCAGUUAAGGUGAAUGAGGAACUGAACAGUCUUUCAGUUCCCAGGAUCUGGUUAGUUUGCUUCUGUCACCAGUUAGUUUUUCCACUCCACCCUUCUAGAACACUUGGCAGGCAAUAAGGAAGUCUGUGUGAUGCCAUCCCGUUUCAUAACUAUGAUUGCUCUGUUGUGUUCAGAUUAGCCUAUAAGCUAAAGGUUGGUGGCUGUUUUUACUUCAGUCAGGAGAGGUAGAUGCCUAACACAAUUACAGUCAAGUCCUGGUAAAUGCAAACUUUGUUUUAAGUGCAUUUCAGUGCACCAGUACCAAUUCAAAUACAUUCUUCAUAAUUCAUCUGCCUAUCUGGACAAUCUUAUUUAAUGCAUAUAUUCAUGGCAGUCCCAAGACAUUGCAUUUACCAGGAGUUGAUUCUCUACUAAUAGAGAAUGUGUACUCUCUAGUAUCGAAGAUGCAUCUAUUGCAUGGCACUGGCAUAUGUUAAAGUAAAAGGUGAAUACGAUAAUGUAGUCCACGGUCCUGAAUGGUUCUUCAAUACUUCAUCCCCUUCUCACUCACCUCUCUCUCACUCUGUCGCUGGGUAGCUGCUACGGUACACUCUGGAUAAGGGUGGUCAGAAUCAUAGCCAAUGAUAACCUAUGGCAGCCCAUAACCUACUCAGUGCUUGUCGAUCGAGAGCUGGCCAAAGCAGUAGACGUGAUAGGGUAGGAGAGUGUUUCUACUGGAUUCUGCUGCGUCAUCUCUUGAAGAGACCACCUCUUCCAUUUACUGCAGGAUGCAUUUCUUCCAUCCAUUCUGAAAUUAUUCCUCAGACCUACAUUCUGCAUUCACAGUUCUUAUUUAGCUUAUUUUUCAAGUGUGUGUGUGUGUGUCCACGACGUGUAUACGUGUGUGUUUGUAUGUAGUGUCUGUAUACGUGUGUGUGUGUGUGUGAACAUGUGUGUUUGUAUGUAGUGUCUGUAUACGUGUGUGUGUGUGUGUGUGUGUGUGUGAACGUGUGUGUUUGUAUGCGCACGUGUCUGUGUGUGUGUUCAUCACCUUCAUACCAUUCCAUGUAUGUGGACUGCCAGGGCCCACUACCCAGGCACCACCACAGUGAUGGAGGCCCUGAAGACGCAGAAGAAGUUGUGGUCGUCUGAAGACUACAGCACUUUUAACGACGAGGUGGGGGGAGGCUGCUGGGCCCGCAUUCUCAACCAGAACUAUGUCAACGGACUCAUGACUGCGUAUGUUUUGAUUUAUUUCUACUACAUAAAAUCAGCCUUAGUAUGGCAAUGGUGAGAAAGUCGUUCUAUGACAUUAAGGGUUGCCCUGUUGACCAUGGGCAAGUGAACUUAGCAGUUGGACAAGUUGACCCUGCUUAGAUUCAUUUAUUGUCAGUUGUCACAGAGACGCUGAAAUUUGUAUUUUUUCAUUUGGUAGUCACAGUCAGCGAUUGAAAGAGAGCUGUUGUCAUUAGACUAAAUAGAGUUACCAGUAAAAUAGUGGUCAAUUAAGGCCAUGGCUGCGAAUGCUGAGUUUUCGCCCCUGCCCCUCCGGAAACCUCUUUCUCAAAGCUAAGGAUCCAGAUGUGUUAUUUUACUCACGCUACGUAGCUACACAUUCUGCGCGUGUGUUAUUUUACUCACGCUACGUAGCUACACGUUCUGCGCGUGUGUUAUUUUACUCACGCUACGUAGCUACACGCUCUGCGCGUGUGUUAUUUUACUCACGAUACGUAGCUACAUGUUCUGCGCGUGUUAUUUUACUCACGCUACGUAGCUACACGUUCUGCGCAUGUUAUUUUACUCACGCUACGUAGCUACACGUUCUCCGCUUGUUAUUUUACUCACGCUACGUAGCUACACGUUCUGCGUGUGUGUUAUUUUACUCACGCUACGUAGCUACACGUUCUGCGCGUGUGUUAUUUUACUCACGCUACGUAGCUAUACGUUCUGCGCGUGUGUUAUUUUACUCACGCUACGUAGCUACACGUUCAGCGCGUGUGUUAUUUUACUCACGCUACGUAGCUACACGUUCUGCGCGUGUGUUAUUUUACUCACACUACGUAGCUACACGUUCUGUGCGUGUGUUAUUUUACUCACGCUACGUAGCUACACAUUCUGCGCGUAUUAUUUUACUCACACUACGUAGCUACACGUUCUGCGCGUGUUAUUUUACUCAUGCUACGUAGCUACACGUUCUGCGUGUGUUAUUUUACUCACGCUACGUAGUUACACGUUAUGCGCGUGUGUUAUUUUACUCACACUACGUAGUUACUGCUUACACUCCCUUUAUGUUUCUCUCUUUACUCACCCUCUUCUGAACCAUGAUGAUGUAAGCCUAAACUGAGUGUACAAAACAUUAGGAACACCUGCUCUUUCCCUGACAUAGACUGACCAGGUGAAUCCAGGUGAAACCUAUGGUCCCUUAUUGAUGUCACUUGUUAAAUCCACUUCAAUCAGUGUAGAUGAAGGGGAGGAGACAGGUUCAAGGAUUAAGACUUGAGAGAAUUAAGACAUGGAUUGUGUGUGUGCGCCAUUCAGAGGGUGAAUGGGCAAGCAAAAGAUUGAAGUGCCUUUGUAGAUUGAAGUGCCUUUGAACGGGGUAUGGUAGUAGGUGCCAGGUGCACUGGUUUGUGUCAAGAACUGCAACGCUGUUGGGUUUUUCACUCCCAUCUGUAUCAAGAAUGGUCCACCACCCAAAGGACAUCUAGCCAACUUGACACAAUUCUGGAAAGCAUUGGAGUCAACAUGGGCCAGCAUCCCUGUGGAACGCUUUAGACACCUUGUAGAGUCCAUGGCCCGACGAAUUGAGGCUGUUUUGAGGGCAAAAGGGGGUGCAACUCAAUAUUAGGAAGGUGUAUCUGCCUCAUAUUUCUGAACAGCUGAAUUUUUUGAACAAACAUUCCCACAAUUUAAAUAUCUGUUUGUUACUGUUUCAGCACCAUAUCCUGGAACCUGGUAGCCAGUUACUAUGAGGACCUUCCCUUUGGGAGAGACGGCUUGAUGACAGCAGAGGAGCCCUGGACUGGGAACUAUGUGGUGGAAUCACCCAUCUGGAUAACUGGUAACCCACUGCACUUAAAGGGAUGGUUCACCCUCAAAUUGUGUUUUUUCCUAUGUUUUGUUAUUGGUACAAAUUACAGUAGGUACAGGUUAGCACAAUGAUAUUUGAUGACCUUCUUACAGUAUCACUAUUACGUGAAGCUUCCCCAAAAGUAGCUAUCAGCAUCUCACAUUUCAUCUUGUAGUAUGUGACAACUGCUAAUGUAAAAAGACUUCAUAAAAUCAUUUGAUUUUUUGAUUUACAUGUGACAAUAUUGUCUCCUAGCCCACACCACCCAGUUUAGCCAGCCUGGAUGGACCUACCUGCAGACCGUUGGGCAUCUGGCACACGGGGGAAGUUAUGUCGCACUGACCGACAGCAAAGGAAACCUCACCGUCGUCAUAGAAACCAUGGUUUAUAUUUAUCUUCCUGUAUAGUACGUCUGUUAAACGGGAUAUUUAUUCUGAGUAAUGCCAUCUAAUGAUUUUGUUGAUUGUACACUGUGCUUUGAACCAUUUCCUAAUUUGAAUAAUCCAUUAUAGUAAAGCCCUUUUAAGAUCUCUGAAGCUUAACUUUUAAGGCUGGUUUUGGAGAAAGUCAACAAUUUCCUCAUGAGGUUCUCUCUUUCAUACUAAGCUGUGCUUUCUCAGGAGCCUACGAUCUAAGCUUUAGCUAGAAAAAGGAAGUCAGCUCACUUCCACUUAGCUGUCUGUUGAUGCAAGGACCGUGUUGUGACCAUAGUUUGUAGAUUAAAUUGUCUGUGACAACGGGACUGUGAAUUUGAUAAAUGUUAUUUUUCUAUCUUUCAGACUCAUGAUCAUUCUGUGUGCAUAAGACCUCCUCUCCUGCCCUUCAAUGUCACACCCCAGAAUGUAACAUUCCAACUCAAGGGAUCUUUUGUGAGUAUUGUUACAAUUCUCAGGUGAUCGCAUGCCUGUUAAUGAUUGAGAGGCUACUUUGUCUUUGUAUUUGUAUUUGUUACGGAUCUCCAUUAGCGGCUGCCAAGGCAGCAGCUACUCUUCCUGGGGUCCAACCACAAUUUACAUACAAUAAACCAAUACAUAACACAACACCUUAUUACACACUACUCUACCAUAACCUAUUUACAAUACAAAAUCAGCAGAAUAACAAUACAUUUACAGCAAAAUAACAAUAUUAAAAUGUGUGUGUAGAGUGAGUGUGUUAGCAUGUGUUUGCGAAUGCUCUUCACAGUCUGCGCUGUUCCAUAAAGUAUAGUUUUAUCUGUUUUUUAAAUCUGAUUUUACUGCUUGACUGAGUUACAUGAUGUGGAAUAGAGUUCCAUGUAGUCAUGGCUCUAUGUAGUACUGUGCGUUUCCCUUAGUCUGUUCUGGACUUGGGGACUGUGAAGAGACCUCUGGUGGCAUGUCUCGUUAGUAAGCGUGUCUCUGUCCUAGGCCUCGAUCAGGGAACUACAGGUAUGGCAGUCGAGGUUUGACUUCAAGACUAAAAAGCCGUUCUUCUUCAAGAAACUGAGCCCCUUAAAGGUAAACUGUGAUACUUUUUUUUGAGGUGUGCACACAAGCUUCUGAAAGUGUUUGGAAAGAUGACAUCUGACAGGAUGACACUGUUUUUGGAUCUUGUUUUGAGUCUUGCACAGCAUGAUAUUACUCCUCCUGAGACCUUUCACAUCUCCUCACUAACUUUUAUGAGUGGUUACGUUGGAUAUGUUGUUUUGGUGUGGGCAGUUUUUUUACCACAUUGCCAUGAGUUUCAUGCUGGCUCCCUUCCACUUUCCUUGCUAGAUUUCUGAUGGUUCGUUCACCUUGAGCCUGGAUGUUGAUGAGGUUUACACUUUAACUACCAUAACCACUGGGCAGAAAGGGACUUACCCUGAUCCUCCCCCCUCUGGCCCAUUCCCCAAAGUCUACAGGGAUGACUUUAAUGUUGGUAAGUGCAUUUUAAAGGGAGAAAUAUUUGUUAUCUACCAAAAACAACCUGCAAAUGAUCAAAAAAAUUCAUAUCAAAGUUUAAAUUAUUAAAUUAAUGCUUUUCUCUCUUGCUUGCUCACACGCUGUACUCUCUCUACUCUCUCUCUCUCUACUGUCUCUCCCCUCUCUCUCUCUCUCUCCCCUCUCUCUCUCUCCUCUCCCUCUCAUUCUCUCUCUCUCCUUCUUUCUUUCUCUCGCUCUUUCUUUCUUUCUUUCUCUGCAGCAAAUGCUUCCUUCUCUGAGGCCCCAGACUUUGCUGACCAGACGGGGGUGUUUGAGUAUUACAUCAACCUGACAGACCCUGGUCCUCAUGUCUUCACCCUGCGCCAGGUGGUCACACAGAUGCCUGUUACCUGGGCAGCAGAUGCCGACCAGACCAUCAGCGUCAUCGGAGACUAUAAAUGGUGAGGAGUCCGAGCGGGGGUGGGGUGUAUAGGGUGAAGUUACCCAUAGAUGUUUUGCAUUUCCCCCCACUAAUGGUUAAGGUUAUGAUUGGGGCAGGGGAAGCUGGUCCUAGAUCUGUACCAAGGGGAAACUUCACCCUGGAGCGGUGGGUAUAGUGUGCAAAGGCUUUUGUUUCAACAAUAAGCAAUACGUCUUAGACUCCUGCUCAAGUCAUGAUAAUAACGUUAUUUAGGAAGGGCUUUUCAUAUAUUUAUCUGCCUUGAUGUGCUACAAAUGUCUUAUGAAACUGGUGUUGUGUAAUCCCUGGAAAGGAAAACAGGACAGGAAAGAGGGCAUUUUACGGUGUAGAUUUGUAAUGUAUACUGUAUGUUUUCCAGGCAGAACCUGACAGUGAGCUGUGAUGUCUUCAUGGAGACAGUGAAGACUGGAGGAGUGUUCAUCGCAGCCAGAGUGGACAAAGGAGGCGGGUCUGUCCGCAGCGCCAAGGGAGUCUUCUUCUGGGUGUUCGCAGAUGGCUCCUACAAAGUCACUAAUGACCUUGGUCUGUAUUUGAUUCAAAAGACAUGCAUAUAGAUGGCCAGUUUUCCAGACACAGAUUAAGCCUAGUCUAGGACUAAAAAGCAAUCUCAAUGGCGAUUAUCCAUUGAAAGAGAUUUUACAUUUACAUUUUAGUCAUUUAGCAGACACUGUUAUACAGGGUGAAAGUAGAUUUAAUGUCUUCCUGGUACGGGACCUCCUGUGUGUGCAUGCGCGUGCACCCAAAACAUUUAUGGGUGGCAGAACAGCCCUGUACGUUCUGCCGCCCUGUACGUUCUGCCGCCCUGUACGUUCUGCCGUCGUACGUUCUGCACGUUCUGCCACCCUGUACGUUCUGGCCCUCCUGUAGCUCAGUUGGUAGAGCAUGGCGCUUGCAACGCAAGGGUUGUGGGUUCGAUUCCCACGGGGGCCAGUAUGAAAAAUGUAUGCACUCACUAAUUGGAAGUCGCUCUGGAUAAGAGCGUCUGCUAAAUGACUAAACUGUAACUGUAAACUGUAAACUGUACGUUCUGCCACCCUGUACAUUCUGCCGCCGUACGUUCUGCCACCCAUAAAUGUGCCCACUUUGUUAGUGUUUGAACAGCAGAUUGCCCCUUUAAUUAUUUGAAGUGAUACCUGAGUUUUAAACAUGCCUGCUUAUCAGUAAACUAUGUAUUGUUGUGUAGUGCACAAGCCAUUGAUAUAUUAAUGCCUGUUGUUUACCAAGUCUUAUUUGUUUCACAGUUGGAAAGACUGUGCUUGCGGAGGGUCAUUCUGGAACGAGAGCAUACGGCUGGCACACGCUAUCCCUCACAGUCGAGGUAUGUUCACAACUUCAAUCUCUGAAACAGUAGAAAAACUAGUUCCAGGGAAACCUGAUAAUUAUCAUCAAAAUGCAUCUCUGUCAGCUCUUCAUUUCAUAUAAAUGACUUCAAGACCUUGGGGGAGGAAAAUAGUGUUUGUCUCUACCAGACAACUUAUCAAAUUGAAGUAUUUGGGGGUUACUUUCCUCUCCCUGCCAUAGCCUUAUACAGUAUAUGUAUCUGUGUUAUAUGGACACAUUAACUAAUAGAAACCUGUCUCUUUUCAGGGGGAAUGUGCCACAGGAAUGCUGAAUGGAUAUCCACUAUGGAAUAAUGCUGUGGUAUUGGGACCAAAGAAUGGCUGGGCUGCCAUAGGAACACACUCAUUUGAACUGGCACAGUUUGACAACUUUGCUGUGGAGGCAAAAUGAUCAUUUGUCUGUGUGUGUUGGUGGUGAAUAUGUCUUGGUCAUGAAUUAAUUGAUUGACACCAUUAUGCCUCUAUGAGCCCUUCAAUGUGAUUGUGUGUCAAAUGAGAAAAGGCUAGCUUUUUUAUUUCCACAAAUGUUUUUAAAAGGGAAUAGCUCAUUUGAAUGCACAGAUAUUCGAUUAACAACGUUUGCCACAAAUGUUGUGUGUGUAAGCCUUGCUAGCUUUAAAGAUUGAGAAAUACUUUGUAUUUGCCAACAAAUAUGGGGAAAUCAACCGUUUGGAUCUGAGAAUUACUGUGAUGAAAUAUUACUUUUCUAUGAAGCCUUUUCUAUACACUGAGAAAAUAAUUGUUGCCUAGUGACUAAAUACUGAAAGUAUUAGUACAUUUAUAUUUUACAAAUGUUUACAAUAAAGAGAAGGCCUAUUUUAAAA